AAUGGAUAAUAAUGAGACAAGAAGAUACAGGGACCAAUCUCUAAGAUUUCGUCCAAACUGCAAUCCAUAAAUCACAAUACUAUUAGUAGUUGGCUAGUUGCUAUAUUGGUUCAAUUAAAUUCUUAAAUUCGAAAAUGACGACCUUUGUAAGUGGCAAUGCUAGUGUUUUAAUAGCCUAUGCUCCUAGGGUUAAUAGUAGCUAUGAAAUCGCACCCAGACAUUUGGUGGUGGGCUCAUUAUCCAAAUCACCAGCAAAAAAUAUAAGCAUCAGAAGAACAGGUUUAUCAGGUGUGCAAAAAUAAGAGCCGAAAGCGAGAGCAUAAUAAUGGAGAAAUCGGGUAUCAAAGUCAUCAAAAACCCUCCGGAAUCCAAGCUCUCUGAGCUCGGCGUCCGAUCUUGGCCCAAGUGGGGAUGUCCUCCAAGCAAAUUCCCAUGGACUUACUCGUCUAAAGAAACAUGCUACCUGUUGAAGGGAAAGGUGAAGGUUCACCCUGAUGGAUCUGACGAGGCAGUCGUAUUUGGUGUGGGUGACUUGGUCGAAUUCCCCAAGGGAAUGAGCUGUACUUGGGAUGUGGCGGAAGCUGUGGAUAAGCAUUAUAUGUUUGAGUGAAAUAUAACAUCCUUCAGGCCUUCACUGAUUAGGAUAGAAUGUAUUGCAGUAAUAAAAUUUGACUUUUCACCAGUUAUCUUGCACUAGCAAACUACCACUUGGUAGAAUAGAUUGCUUGAAAGCUCAAGUGUGUAACAUGAUUAUGGAAAUAAAUGCCUAAAUCUAGUGUAUAUCAUGUUCCUUA